GCUGUGUCGGCUCCCUCUGGGUAAGGACAGAGGCCCAGAGGCCCAUCUGGCUGCUCCGGACAAUUGCAUACCCCAGGCCCCUGCCCGACCCUUCACUUUUCCACCUUGGCGUCCUGGGAAUUGCAGGCGCCGAUCUUGUGCGCCCAGAAGCGGCGACGGGGGGAGCUAGAGGCUCACGGUGAGCCCUGGACUGGAGCAAGGACGCAUCCGGCAGGGAGCUGGGCUGGGGCUGUCUCCGUGAGGACCCCAAGGCGCGCCCGCUGCCAGCAGAUCCCAGAGCCGAGCCGGGCAGUGGGGAUGGGAGGGAAGGAGACUGGAGCGGAGAGGGCACGCCCUGGCACUACCGCGGGACACCCAAUUCCCAGGAUCGGGAAGAAGAAUAGCGCACCAGAUUUCCUGCGGGAUCCUAGCUCUCAGGAUCUGACUUGUGGGUGGGGGGUCUCCCAGCUGUCCAGCCGCGGUCCCUGCACUAGCCAGGCGAGGCGCUGGCGGCCUGGCAUUAUCGCCUGAAGCCCAGGCCAGGGGCUACUGCGCUCCACCCCUCCCCGUGCGACUCCCAGGCACUUGCUCUAGGGUCAAGGUCGGGGCGGGCAGGAGUCACCCUGGGCUUCUGCAACAGAGCCCCUUUGGAAAGUGCAUCUGCCGGGUCUAGCCUGACCUAAAAACCAACGAGACCUACUCACUGCGCUCUGCCGGGGGACCCCCAGGCUGACACCGGUCCCUCCCAGCCGACCCCCGCCUAGCGCGGCCGGCCUCUUGGGCUCUCCCAUGCCACCAGGUUCAGCUCUGCGGGCUCAGGGGCGGCCCCUUCCGGAGGGCGGCCUUCAGGCGACCGCGCGGUCCUAGGAAGCCCCGGGAUGCCUUUACUUAGACCUGCAGCUCUAGCUGGAGAACUCUCCACAGCACAGUUCUCCGAGAAAUACCUGUGCCGGAAAGGGAGGGCGUGGGAAGAGAGAUGAAGAGAACGACAGGGUCCAAGAGUGGAAGGAGAAAGGGGAUGAGGAAGAAGGGAAUUUUUAAAAAAGGAAAGGACUGACCGGAGGAAAUUCCCUGGGCUUGGCCCCUUUUCUGGGAUCAGUCCAAAAAGCCGAAGGUGUAUCAAGGUGUCCGAGUGAAGAUGACCGUGAAGGAACUACUGCAGCAAAGAAGGGCACACCAGGCCACCUCGGGGGCAGACCUGUCAGGAAGCAGCAGUAUCCACCUUCCAGACCCCAGCACGCCAUCGUCUGCAGGACUAUAUUUUGAACCCGAACCAAUGUCUUCCACACCCAGUAAUUUUCAACCCCGAGAAUUUUCCACCUGUGUCUCUUGUGAAGAAAGCCCAAGCUGCCUUGACCAGAUCUUUGAGUCCUACCUUCAAACAGAGACACUCCCAGGGCCUUUGCUCAACUCCAUGCAAAGUGCUCCCCACUACUUCCCAGACAGCUGUCAAGUGGCCCCUUUCUGCUAUAACCAGAGCCUGACUCCAGGAUCGCCUUCGGAUUCCUCCAGCCUCUCCGGCUCCUUUGACUGCAGCUAUUCACCAGCUCAGCCACCCUCCUACACUCCAGAGAAUUACACUUCUCCUCCUUCUCUGGAUUCCCUAACCCACAGCCUCUCAGAAGAAGGCUACUCUUACCACCACCACUGGCCUUCCCACACCCAGUACAACCACUUCUCCCCGGCCACCCCCUCCGUCUGCUACUGUGCAUCCUGCGAAGCAGAGCACUUGGAUGCCAUCAGAACCUCGGAGUUCUUCUCCUACUCCAGCACGGACUAUGUGGACUUUGCCCCCUCGGCAGCUACCACCAGCGAUUUCUAUAAGAGGGAAGCGAGCUGUGAUGCCUGCUACAGUUAGUAAAAACCACACUGGAGCGUGGUGUGGGUACAUAUGCUUCUCUACUGUAUCUAGAUGACACUUAAACCUUCAGCCCAUUCACAAAAUCUCCCACAUGUGGUUUACAUCUCACGGUUUUCAACCUCCUGAUACUAGUGUAGGAAUCGAUAUAAAGCCCUUAAACCUGGUUUCCUACCACUCUUAUUUUAUACACUCGCUAUUAAAAAUUUUUAUAUGGAAUUUCUCCCGUGCCUUGCUUCUCAGUAUAACGAACAAACUCUUUUGUAAACUAAUAAAUAACUUUGUAUAACAAA